CUACAUCCAGUUCAUAGUUCAAAUUCCUGCAGGGCAUUGAAGGAGGAUUUCUAAAGUCUUCUUUUCCUUUAGGUCAACUCGAUCACUGUUGAUUAUUACAACUUUUACCUGCAAACGGGACAUUGAGUUAAAGUAACAGUUUGAGAUAACUACAGAAACAAUGCAUUCCCAAAUAAAGAACUUAAUGCGCUUGACGCCCUGCGCUCCUGUCCACAGCAAGAGGAUAUUGGAAAGGAAACUUUGGUAUUGCUGUGCAGCAAAACAACCACAGCUAGAAGGAGGCUUUAGCGCUACAGGAUCGCAUGCAGCUGCAAAAGAAAAUGUUUUUUCCGGAUUACAGAGCUGCAGAAACUAUGCGUCCGAGUGCGCUUACACCCAAGCCUUCGCCUCGGCGAGGGACCACCCUGAAACUUUCUGGGGUGAGAUGGGACACAACAUAAAAUGGUUUGAGCCCUGGAGCAAAACUCUGCAUGUUGAAGACCCGGUGUUUCCAAACUGGUUUGUUGGGGGGAAGGUAAACAUGUGCUUUAAUACUGUGGAUCAUCAUGUGGAAAGUGGCCGUGGAGAACAGCCAGCCAUCAUCUAUGACAGCCCGGUGGCUGGAACUAAAAAGAUCAUUACCUUCCGGGAACUUCAGGACCAGGUGUCGAGGUUAGCUGGAGUCCUUGUGAAGAAUGGGGUGCAGAAAGGGGAUAUUGUUGUCAUCUAUAUGCCUAUGGUGCCCCAGGCCAUGUUCACCAUGCUAGCCUGUGCACGGAUUGGUGCCCCGCACAGCCUCAUCUUUGGUGGCUUUGCCUCCAAGGAGCUGUCAGUCCGGAUUGAUCAUGCCAAACCCAAGCUGUUGGUGACGGCCUCGUUUGGCAUCGAGCCAGGCAGAAGAGUUGAGUACAUCCCGCUGGUGAAGAAAGCCCUGGAGAUGAGCUCUCACAGACCCUCAAAAGUCCUCUUCUAUAACAGGCCCAACAUGGAGAAAGUUUCUCUUGAUCCAGAGCUGAACCUGGAUUGGGACCAAGAAAUGGCAACCGCUCGUCCACAUGACUGUGUUCCCCUGCCAUCCAACCAUCCUUUGUAUGUUCUCUAUACAUCUGGGACCACAGGAACACCAAAGGGCAUCGUAAGAGACACCGCAGGCUAUGCUGUUAUGCUGAAAUGGACCAUGUCAAAUAUUUAUGGUCUCAGCCCUGGAGAUGUUUGGUGGGCUGCAUCUGAUCUGGGCUGGGUGGUUGGCCAUUCCUACAUCUGCUAUGCUCCUUUACUCCAUGGUAACAGCACCAUUCUUUAUGAGGGAAAGCCAGUCGGGACUCCGGAUCCUGGUGCGUUCUUCCGUGUCUUGUCUGAACAUGGAGCUUCCUCUAUGUUUACAGCACCCACGGCAAUCCGGGCCAUUCGGCAGCAGGACCCCAAUGCUUCAUUUGGCAGAAAAUACCCUCUGACAAGGAUGGCUUGCAAACGGCUCAGCCCUGCCUCCUUGGUUAAAUCUUUGACUCCCAUCACGUUGCAAUCGUUAUUCUUGGCAGGAGAGCGAUGUGAUGUUGAGACGCUGGAUUGGGCCAAGAAGAGCUUUGGGGUUCCAGUUUUGGAUCACUGGUGGCAGACUGAAACUGGUUCAGCCAUCACUUCCUCUUGUAUCGGCCUGGGUAACUCGCUCACGCCACCUGCAGGCCAGGCUGGGAAACCAGUCCCAGGUUACAACGUUACUGUAAUCGAUGAUGACAUGCAAGAUGUGAGGCCAAGAACUCUGGGAAAUAUUGUGGUCAGAUUACCUUUACCACCUGGAGCUGCUCUGUCCCUGUGGCAAAACAAGGAUCUGUUCAAGGAGCUCUACUUCUCCAAGUUCCCGGGAUACUAUGACACAAUGGAUGCUGGAUUUUUGGAUGAGGAAGGUUUCCUUUACAUUAUGUCCCGGUCUGAUGAUGUCAUCAACGUGGCUGGCCACAGGUUGUCUGCUGGAGCUCUAGAAGAGUCGGUGCUUCUGCACUCCGCCGUGGCAGACUGUGCUGUGGUGGGCCUCGAGGACUCUCUGAAGGGCCACGUUCCUUUGGCGCUGUGUGUACUUAAGCUAGGUGUGCAGAAAACCAAGGAAGAAAUCAUAAAGGAGGUUGUUAAGCUUGUAAGAGACAACAUCGGGCCUGUGGCCGCCUUUAGGAAUGUGCUCUUUGUCCACGGGUUACCGAAAACGCGUUCCGGAAAAAUCCCUCGCUCUUCUUUGGCCAACCUGAUCAACGGCAAACCCUACAAGGUCACUCCAACCAUUGAGGAUCCAGAAGUGUUUAAAGACAUUGAGAGCUGUAUUUUAUAGACCAGAUUAGUAACCAACCCAACAGAGGAGAAUAGAUGGCUCUUACCAUCAGGGGGCAGUCUUCUGGAAUGACCGGACGUCGUAGUUAGACGGAACCCAGCCGGAAGAGUUUCUGCAGAUCCAGGCAUCAUGCUGAUGCCGUGGACGUCCCGGGGAGGGAACUGCCUCCGCCACGACGGACUCCGGAAAUCUUUGUCAUCACACUAAUCAAGAGAAAAUAUGUAUUAAUAUUUUGAAUGCAUUGAGUUUCCUAAUAAAAAUCCAAGAUAAAGAGCUUAUGAUUAUUCCACAAAAAAAUGUAGAAAUCGAUGCAUUUAAUGACUUUUGAUUAACUCCAGGCUAAAUGGAAAGAUCUACUACCUCACAAUUAAAGCCGACUCUUUGAGACGUGCAGCAAUGUUAGACCGGUGUCAUUCAUUUUUAAAAAUGAAUGACACGGUUUAUCAGACUGCAAGUAUCAGGGAGGGAAACCCUUUUUGGUUAUGUCAAAAUAAAACUUGUUACAUACAGUUGUGCUUUGCUGUCUUCUUUUUUAUUAAGCAAAUAUAGCUGAAGAUAUUUUGGGUAUGGCUUACUCUACCUUUCAAAAUACUUGAACCUUGAAUUGCAAUAAGAGCAAGUUUUGCUACAAGUGUAAACUGGGAUCUUUUAUUUUAAAGCAUUGCUUUGUAGUUCAGAAAUGAACCACAUCCCUGGUUUCUAGUUUUUCAGUCCUCUAAUUGGUUUUCUCAAAGAAAUUACUUCUUAGUCCAUAAUUACGGAGUGGCGGCCUAAUGGUUAGGGCAUUGUGCUUGGAAUCCAGAGGUUCUGGGUUCCUGAGCAAGACCUUACAAUGCUCCCCAUGAGGAGGCUUAAAUGCAGACAGUGAAUUUCAUUGCUUUGUACUUGUGAAAAUGUAAUAAUAAAGUUUAAUUCUA